UGGCGUAUUCUCAAAUUGACGCAUAGUCAGACUGGUUACGAGUCUACCACGGAGCCUCUUCGUCGUCGUCUUACGCGAUGGCAAGCACACACAAUUUUCAUAAAUCAACCACGCCUGACAAGCGACACGUUUUACUCUUGAAUGUUGACGACAUAGACGCUAUCCAACCUGAUGUCAAGGAGCAACCUACUCGCCCUGCCCACUCACACAAACGCAAGCGUUUUGCUGAAUUCAGUGUCCUCCUCUCGCUUAUUAUCACUACUACCAUAUUUGAAUUCUGGCCCCGUACUCGACACGACACGAGUACUGGAAGGGAUUCAUUGUACUCGAAUGGAACACACGAGUUCAAGAAGACAGUGCUUAUGGUUUCGAUCGAUGGUUUUCGUGCGGAUUAUUUGGAUCGUGGACUCACGCCGCAUUUGUUAGAUAUCAGCCGGGAAGGUGUGAGGGCAAAGUACAUGCAACCUGUUUUCCCCACUCUGACAUUCCCAAAUCACUGGUCACUGAUGACUGGCCUCUACGCCGAGUCGCACGGCAUUAUUGCGAACAACUUUUGGGACCCCGUGUUCCGAGACACAUUCCAUUUCGAUCGUGUUGAAUCCGCGCAGAACCCAAGCUGGUGGCUCGGCGAACCUAUGUGGGAAACCGCAGAACGUGCAGGUAUCAUCACCGCAAACCUCAUGUGGCCUGGUCCUUGGUCUACAUCUUCGGGUGUGAACUCCACAUAUUUUCUACCUUGGGAAGAUAACUACGCUCUCGAGAAGAAACUUUCCGAUCUCCUAGAGUGGAUUGACCUCCCGCUGGAAGAGCGGCCGCAGCUUAUUCUUGGGUACGAACCGUCGCUAGACCAUGCUGGCCAUACAACAGGGCCGAUGUCUAAGGCCGUUAACAUGAGUCUUGCAGCUGUCGAUCUUUUCGCUCGGAACCUAACCCAAGCACUAGGCGAGCGCAACCUCACGCAUAUCGUUGAUAUCAUCUUCGUCAGUGACCAUGGAAUGGCGGACAUGAGCCACCCAACUUGGAUAUAUGUUGACGAGAUUGUUGGUGAGCUGUGGAAAGGUGUUACCAAGAUGGAUGGUUGGCCAUCUAUGGGCUUACGCUUCGCUCCUGGCACGAACGCGACUGAAGCCAUUGAGCGUCUGUGCGAGUACACACUUACCCACCCGGAUCAGUUCGAUGUGUUUACGACCGAGAGCUUCUCUACCGACCCUGGCACCUCCUUGGUAGACCUCAACACAUUCAACUACUGUAAGAUGUCUGCAUGCACAGUGGAGCCCGUGCCCGAACGAUACCAUUUCUCCCGUAAUUACCGCAUCGCCCCUAUGUGGAUUGUACCGCGCAUAGGCUACGCGCUGACUGACUACAUGGGUGGCAAAGACGGAGUGCCAACUGGAAACCACGGCUACGACAACGAGGACCCGUCGAUGCGUGCCAUCUUUGUCGCACACGGGCCUUUCUCGCGGGGCGCCAAGGCUUCUGUGGUCGCACGAGGAGAGGGCAAUGGCACAGAGGAGUACGUGAUGCCAGGGUUCCAGAAUGUCGAGAUUUACAACCUCGUGAUGCGACUGCUGAGCCUCGACGCUACGGAUAUAGCUACAACCAACGGAACCGCUGGAUUUUGGGAUAUGUUUGUCUUGCCAGAUGUUUGAACUUCGUACAUAUUUGAAGUCGAACUGCGUUCGAUGCUUCGAGAGCUAUCAUUACCCAUCACCUUCCUCGAUGUGCUACAUAUAUAUGCAUCAUCUUGCUACGUGCCAUAAGUAUCUGACACGCGUCCUCAAUGUCGGACAAUGUUAGAAAACUAAAUUUCGUC